GUGGCUGCUGGGGGUGGUGGGAGAUGGCGGAGAUUCCCCCCCCACACCCAAACAGACGCACUCCCCGGCCCGACCUCGUCCCCUCGGCUGUGCGCUACGUGCCGCCUUCCCCAGGCCGACGCUCGGCUGUUCCUGCCAGCUCGGCCUCCUGCUGGCAGCGCGGCACGGACCGGGGUCUCCAUUUCCUCCCGCCCAGAUCCUCGCAGCCGCCGCAUCCUCCCGGGAUACCGGCGGUUCAGGCCGCUCUGGCCGGGCUUUGCUCGCGGCGGGUUCGCCGACGGCUGUGUCGAUGCUUGCACCUCCUCCACCGUUGCCACCACCAAUACAGGGAUAUGCCUUUAAACCCCCUCCUCGACCAGAUUUUGGCACUUCUGGGAGAACAAUCAAACUGCAGGCCAACUUCUUUGAAAUGGACAUUCCUAAAAUAGAUAUCUACCAUUAUGAAUUGGAUAUAAAGCCAGAAAAAUGCCCUAGAAGAGUUAACAGAGAAAUAGUGGAGCACAUGGUUCAGCACUUUAAAACCCAGAUUUUUGGGGAUCGCAAACCAGUGUUUGAUGGAAGAAAAAACCUAUAUACAGCUAUGCCGCUUCCCAUUGGGAGAGAUAAACAGGUGGAGCUGGAGGUCACGCUGCCAGGAGAAGGAAAGGACAGAAUAUUUAAGGUGGCUAUAAAGUGGAUGUCCUGUGUGAGUUUGCAGGCUUUACAUGAUGCUCUUUCUGGUCGGCUGCCAAGUGUCCCGUUUGAAACCAUCCAGGCACUGGAUGUAGUGAUGAGGCACUUGCCUUCCAUGAGAUAUACUCCUGUGGGGCGAUCUUUUUUUACAGCGUCAGAAGGGUGCUCAAAUCCAUUGGGUGGUGGCAGAGAAGUUUGGUUUGGCUUCCAUCAAUCAGUCAGACCUUCGUUAUGGAAAAUGAUGUUAAAUAUUGAUGUAUCUGCAACCGCGUUUUACAAAGCACAGCCAGUUAUCGAGUUUGUAUGUGAAGUUUUGGACUUCAAAAGUAUUGAAGAACAACAAAAACCUCUGACAGAUUCCCAAAGGGUGAAGUUUACCAAAGAAAUUAAAGGUCUAAAGGUGGAGAUAACACACUGUGGACAAAUGAAAAGAAAGUACAGAGUGUGCAAUGUCACCAGACGACCAGCAAGUCACCAAACAUUCCCACUUCAGCAGGAGAAUGGACAAACAGUUGAAUGCACUGUAGCUCAGUAUUUUAAGGACAGGCACAAAUUAGUUUUACGCUAUCCUCACCUUCCAUGUUUACAAGUUGGACAGGAGCAGAAACACACAUACCUUCCUCUUGAGGUGUGCAACAUAGUGGCAGGACAACGAUGCAUAAAGAAACUCACUGACAAUCAAACUUCCACUAUGAUUCGAGCAACUGCCAGAUCAGCACCUGACCGUCAAGAAGAGAUUAGCAAAUUGAUGCGGAGCGCGAGUUUUAAUACUGACCCUUAUGUUCGUGAAUUUGGAAUAAUGGUGAAAGACGAAAUGACAGAUGUGACCGGUAGAGUCCUACAGCCUCCUUCAAUCCUCUACGGAGGCAGGAACAAAGCGAUUGCUACACCAGUUCAAGGAGUCUGGGACAUGAGGAAUAAACAGUUUCACACUGGAAUUGAAAUAAAGGUUUGGGCAAUUGCGUGCUUUGCUCCCCAGCGCCAAUGCACUGAAGUUCAUCUUAAGUCCUUUACAGAACAACUGAGGAAGAUUUCCAGAGACGCAGGAAUGCCAAUCCAGGGGCAGCCGUGCUUCUGUAAAUACGCGCAGGGAGCUGACAGCGUGGAGCCCAUGUUCAGGCAUCUCAAGAACACUUAUACUGGGCUGCAGCUUGUUGUAGUCAUUUUGCCAGGAAAAACACCAGUCUAUGCGGAGGUGAAGCGUGUUGGCGACACUGUGCUGGGAAUGGCUACGCAGUGCGUUCAGAUGAAAAAUGUGCAAAGAACAACACCGCAAACUCUGUCUAACCUUUGCUUAAAAAUAAAUGUCAAAUUAGGAGGCGUAAAUAAUAUUUUACUGCCACAGGGAAGACCACCAGUAUUUCAACAGCCCGUCAUAUUCCUUGGUGCAGAUGUAACUCAUCCGCCAGCUGGAGACGGAAAGAAGCCUUCCAUUGCUGCAGUUGUAGGAAGCAUGGACGCUCAUCCUAAUCGAUACUGUGCCACUGUUCGGGUCCAGCAGCACCGCCAAGAAAUCAUCCAAGAUUUGGCUGCCAUGGUCAGGGAGUUGCUUAUUCAAUUCUACAAAUCAACCAGAUUUAAACCAACUCGUAUAAUCUUCUACAGAGAUGGCGUUUCUGAGGGGCAGUUUCAGCAGGUUCUCCAUCAUGAAUUGCUGGCUAUCAGAGAAGCGUGCAUCAAACUAGAAAAGGAUUACCAGCCUGGAAUUACAUUUAUAGUUGUGCAGAAAAGGCAUCACACCAGACUCUUCUGUACAGAUAAAAAUGAACGGGUUGGAAAAAGUGGAAACAUUCCAGCCGGUACCACAGUGGACACAAAAAUCACCCAUCCAUCAGAGUUUGACUUUUACCUGUGUAGUCACGCUGGUAUUCAGGGAACAAGCAGACCUUCUCAUUACCAUGUCCUCUGGGAUGACAAUCGUUUUUCUUCAGAUGAGCUGCAGAUUCUUACCUACCAGCUGUGUCAUACGUACGUACGCUGUACCCGUUCUGUUUCCAUCCCCGCACCAGCAUAUUACGCACACCUGGUUGCCUUCAGAGCCAGGUAUCAUCUGGUGGACAAAGAACACGAUAGUGCUGAAGGAAGCCACACCUCGGGUCAGAGUAAUGGCAGAGAUCAUCAAGCACUUGCUAAAGCAGUUCAAGUUCAUCAGGACACGUUGCGCACUAUGUACUUUGCUUGACAUGUUUUAAUGUUUAGCGACUCAGUACAAUACAGAGUUGGAUUCACACGAGACCAGCUGCACUUAGACCAACAGUUGCCCGAGCUACAGUGACAGCCAGCAAUGAGUGAUGCAUCUUAAUUAUUUUUUUCGCCCCCCCCCCCUCGUUUGCAAGAAAGCCUUCCGUCCAAAAUUUCACACUUGAUUAUGAACUGCAUUCUUGUACCAAACCCCACUAUUGUUGGAAAUGUGGUUUGCCAAAAAUCUCUAAGCUGCUUGGUAUAAAACAGACCCAUAUCUUAUAAUGAAAUCAAGAGCUGUGAUCUCAGGGCUUAGGGAAAAUAAAAAAACCAACAACAACCGACCAACAGCCCAACCCGCAAAACUCCUCAUUCAGUUUGCUAUUCAUUAAAUCGCUUUUAAUAAUUUGGAAAGAUCUAAUUCAUACUAAAGUUUGAUGGGCUCAAAUGCUGUGAAUUAGCUUUUAAUACAAAGAAAAGCAAAGCAUUUUUUGACUAUUUAUGAAGCCUUGAUUAUUCUAGAUGCAUUUACAAAAUCUUUAUUUUCAAAAGAAGAGCGUGACAAAAUUCUGGUUUUCAACUGUCUUAUAAAGAUUAUUCUCUGUGUGUCUAAGGGCAAAUGUAUUUUCUGAAGCUUGUUCUUGAAUGUUUUUUAUUGUGCUGCAUUUGAAAAUGUUUUUCAUAGACUAAAGAAUUUUAAAAAAAGAAUUAACUUGUACCUAAGCUUUUAAUAGGUCCAGUUAGAUUGGCAAAAGAAAAUGUGCCAUUUUAAAAAAAAAUUGUAAAGAAUUUUUUUUUUUUAAAUCAUACUGACAGCUAACUUUAAAUUUUGUCGUACAGGACUGUGACACUUACUUUCCAAAGUAUCUAAAGAAUACGGGUCUGUGGUGAUAAAUACAGUACAAUCCUUUUUCACUGUUGUGUGAGUUAAUGUAAAUUUUAUAUAUGUUUCACAGUAUUAAUGUGAUAGACUAGAUGCUAUUAUUUAUUUUUAUUUACUAAGGAGUGCUCAUUAUACUUCUGUUAACAUAUCAAGAAUGCUUUGGAUUUAGAAAUUAAAACCUUAUCGUGGGGACAUUACUUUUCAAAUGCAAAAAUAUGCAAUUCACUUAGAUGUGAGGGUUCAGAGAUGCGUACCGUCUAUAUUCUAUGGCUUAUAAUUUGUAGAAAGGCUUUUUAAGCGUGGACACAACAUAGCAGGUUUUACCUGUGCAGUUCAGAGACGCACACGAGACCAACAUUCUACGUUCAUUCAAGCACAAAACAAUUGUAUUUUAUUUAUAUGUUGAAUAUUGCUAAGGCGGGAGCUCUGAUGGAGGAGAGUGGCUCACUGUAAUUUAGACAAAAGUCAGAGAAUCUAUGCAUUAAAGAUAAAUCUUAAGAAACUGAAGUUUACUUAUGAAGGGGGGUGAAACUCUCUUCAUUAUGCAUAAGGUCAAUAGUAAAUGUGAGAGUUUUGCCAUUCUCUUAGGAGAAGCAUUAAUUAAAACUGGUAACUAUUAGACAAACGCUUCUGUUAGUUUGCACACUGAGUUCAUUAAAAAAACCAUAAUACAUAGAUAAACCAUUGCACUAACUAUGAUGCCACAAAGAGGUUUAGAAGAAAAUGGAAAAAGCCCAGGAAACUUCUUUAUGCUGACUUGAUUUUCUUUAUUGUUCAUAACUGAAAUAACAUGCUGAGAGGCAGGUUUUUUUAAAAUGUCAUUCUCUUCCGCUGAUUCGUUUUGCUUUGUCUCUUCCCUUUUCUCUCGGCAGAUGCUCGGUCACUGUUUUGAAUACAUUUACCUCUAGCCACUGAGACGGGCGAGUAGCUUUAACCAAUACAGAGCUCUGUGCCAUAUAGCGGACAGACUAUAACCGGUUGCUGUCGAAUAAGCUAGAAAAUGCCCAACCUUUGCUGCAUAAAAGAGUUUUAGGUACAUAAACUUGUGCAAGUUUCAGAUCUUCACCUUCUAGCAGUGUCUUGGUUGUCGGUGUUGUUCAGGUGAAAUAACGAUGUAAAACCUAUUAGUAGAUUAAUUGUAUUUGUAUUUAAUUUGGUGGUUAGGCUGCUGGGUCAGAUUUUCUUCUGGGUCAUAGCUAUGUAAAUCCAGAUUUAAAAUUAUGCUGGUAUAACAGAAAGCAAAUUCCAGGUCGCAUUGUCUUAUCUUUCUGUGUUCCGGCCAGGUUGUACAUACCUCCCCUGAAGUACCGCUAAACUGCAGACCCUUCCGUGGUGGGUAUGUUGCACUUCUCUCCACGGUUGCUUGAGAGGUUGCAGAUUUCAGUGAAAAUUUUAAUUUGGCGGACUUUUAUAUAAGAAUUAUUUUUUAUAUGAAUUAUUCUUAACAAAUAGAAAAAAAAAUCAACCAUUUUAAGACGCUGUUUAUUUGCUGUUUGUUAUGCAGAGACCUCUUGGAUGUGAAAUUCCUCCUCCUCUUUCCUCUCUGUGCGGAUCUGGAGUGAAUGACUUUGUGCAGGUGGUCAGAUGGGGCGAGGAGGGCAGAAUCUGUCUUGACCUCAAAGCGUAUUUCUGAAGGGGACGGUGGGACUUCACUGCAUCCUAUUUGGGAUGUGUUCUUUGGGCUGGAAUAGUCUUUGCGGCUCCUUUUUGUGAGAAAAGGAGCAUUAGGCAGACCCUUAAUCUGAGAGUAGCCGUUGUUUGUGUAUCCUCUUGGAAUGAACAGAAAUUCGUGUAGCUUUCCUUCCCUGAGUAUGAAGAACUUGGGAUGUUAUAUGCAUUUCAGGCUAGGGACAUUUCUACCUUUUACAGAUCUUAUUAAGCCUCUAAUACCGCUAAUUCUUUAUGGCUUGAUUUCUCCCUCCUUUCCCCUCCCACCUCCCGCAAGUAGUCAAUUAGUGAAUAAUUUAAAGCAUUUUUCUUAAAAGUGUUGAUGAAGUAUAUACGUUGAAAAGUACAGCCUGCUAUAAGUCCAGCAGCUAUCCUUCUGGGAAUAAUCUUUAUAUAAAUUAUAUAUUCAAAAAUGUCUCCUAUCAAAAAAAAAAAACCAAACCAAAACCAACCCCCAUGAACACCUAAAACGCUUAUAUAAAAUUUUUUUCUUACCUCCCAUGUGUCUUGUAAGAACAGCAAUAUCUCAGGUAAACACGAAGCUCAAGAUGUCUCUUAUCUCACAGGCGUUCCUGCUGUUGAAGUCACAGUUGAGGUUGACAGUUAUAACCACUAAGUCACUAUGCAGCUCAGGUCAGCAAUAACCAAAUGUGCGUUACCCUCCGGCAGCUGGGCUUUGCUUUGGGGUUUUGGUUUCUUUUUCGGCCCGUGCGAAGGAGUUGGGUGGCUCCUGCAGCAAAAGAGUGCUGGGCAGGACUUCAUCCCUUACGUUGCUCUCGCUCUCCAUCAUGUUCCUGGCAAUGACUUUGUGCUUGAAUUGGGUGCAGGCUGUCCUGGUGCUUAGCAGUUUGAAAACUGAUAGUAAUUCCACCCCGGUGAUGAAAAUCUUAGUCCUGUUGAAGGCAUGAGCGGUGUGAUGGACAAACUCACCACUGCCAGUACUACUUUGUUUUAAAGGAGCAUGCUUGAGAGAUGAAUGGAUAUUAAUGAGUUGCCUGCUAUGCAUUAGUCUUCUCUGAGGUUUUUUGGUAUGGAAAUGGUAACACUAUUUGAAACAAAAAUGCUCAAAGACUGAAGCAAGUUGUAGAAUCUCUGUCCUUGGAGAGGCUGGAAGGUGGCUGGGCAGGCCCCCGCGCAGGCUUGGCUCGCUGGCCCUGCUUUGGGCGGGGGCCCAGACCAGACAUCUCCAGAGAGCCCUUCCGAAGAACGUGGUUCUGGAGCAACCCCCCAAAAGCCAGCAGCAGCAAGCGCGAAAUGUUCCUGCUGGGAGGUGAAAAAAUAAUAGCGACCAAGAGAAAAUACUUAAAAGUUGUCCUUUUUUUUUUUUUUUUUUUUUUUUUCAAAUGUAGGAGAUAGAAUGCAAUAAUUAGGCUUGCUUAGUUUUUGGAAACUUCUGCUCUGGUGGCUGAAUAGUAUGGCAUUGUCCACUCCACCUCUUCCUCCACCCAGGAAACAAGAGUUGAGUCAACGCGUAAGAGGAAACGUGCUCAUGUGAAGUGUUGGAAGUAGGUGGCUUUGCCUCUGCCUUAUACGAGUUCGGCAUUCAAGACAGCCCUAUGCAGUCUUAACACUUCCUAUAUAUGCACUGAUGUUUGGAGUGAGAUCACUUAUUUUUAUGAGAAUUCCUUGUUUUGGCUGGGCUUGGGUUAGAAUAUUUCAGCAACGACAUUUGGCUUGCUGAAUUGCGAUCAAUGAUCUUCCGUCUUACAGAAGCUGCGGCGUAUUAAUUCCCUUGUUUCUAGAUCUGCCAGGUUUUGGGUGAGUCGUUAGGGAAAGGUGUUGUGUUGCGUUGGAGCCAGCAUGGAAGAUUUACGGGAAGCUUUUAUGCUUAAAACAAGAAACCCAUAAUAAAUAUUUUUGAUCUUCAUCCAGGCCUCCAGGCAAUGUUCCCUGAUUGUAAAAGCAAAAAGGUUGUGAAGGUUUAGCUUUAAUUCUGACUCCGUCAAUAACUCCGGCAGCCUUUGUCCAUUUUUAACGUAAGUUAAUGCUGUUCAGAUGUCAGUAGAUUAUUUUUAGAACUAAGGCAAGAGAGAAUAUUUCCACAAGGCUUUUAAACUUAAACUUUUGAAGGGUAGGUGGGGGUGUUUCAGGUAUUCGUGUGCCCAGGUUACUCUGAAAAGACUGAAGUUUCUAAUCGAGGUAGGAGGCUUCUGAAGCUUUUGUCUAAAGUCAUAUGUGUACGUGCACAAAGGUUUUCUGUUAAAGAGAAGAUCGUGGUCUGGAGGGGUUUGUGCAUCGCUGCCAAUGCUGUUUUCUUUACCGCAGCAGUAAAUUCCUCAAAUACAGUGGUCGCGUGCAUCCCGCCUGUAGAAACCCCAGUCUUCCUCAUGCCACUGGAUCUCUAGAGUUUAACUGAGAGCAAGGAUAGGAGGAAGGUCUGUGUUAGCACCCUCCCUUCCCUCCCCAGCCAAAUCGAGUGGAUUGCUCUAGGCUUUUUGCUAUACGUGCAGAUUGUUUCUUUUUGAGGCAGAAAACGUCACUAUUUUGAGGUGAGAACAGGUUGGUUCUACAAGUCGCGCUUAUUCAAAACGGCACCUACUAGAAAUGCAGGACUGGGACCUUUGGAGAUGUAGAUGGACACACUUGCCUCUCGACGUAAUCCGGCAGCGCCGGUGGCAUUGAUAACCCAUAACGGAUUUCUUCUUUUUUCUUUUUUUUUAAGAUAUCUUUUACACAUUAAAUAAAUGAAUGUAAAAAAAGCCCUCACGCAGUAUUUUUCACACUUGAUACCGGUGUAAUAAAAUCACAUAGUUUCCUAUUUUUUAAGUCCCCUUCUCCUACAGUAGCAUCUCUUUUGGUGUGUUUUCCCUGCCAGUGUGGCUUUCUCAAUUUCUAAUGCAGGACAGUACAUUUUUUACUUUUAUAUUACAUCUGGUAAUGUGCUUCUUGAAGCAUACCUGCAGUCUUUUCUAAGAAGAAACUUCAAGUAGAAGGUAAUUGCACUGAUUGUUGUUUGUUUGGUUUUUUUUAAAACUCUCUUUUUACUGUAAGACUUCCUCUUUGCAUCUGCUGUAGCUGUUUGAAAAUACUGUAAAUAGCGUGAUGUGUAGUAAAUACUGAAAUGCUGUGGAUACCAUUCCUCCUUCUUCUUCUCUUUUUGGGAAUACUGCUAUAUUUUACAGUGUUGAGAGACGAGCUUUGGUUUUAAACGUUGUUCUGCUUUCCGUUUGCGUUACGGUAUGAAUCCAAGGGCACAGUCGCUUGAUUACAGUGGAAAUAUUUAGGGUUCGUCCGUAUUUAUAAAAUAUUUCUUCCUUCUCUCUUCUAUGCACACUUCUCCCACACCAUAAGGACAGAAAGGCAGCUUUUAAGCUACCGAUGCGCUUGUUGUCCGUGCAGCGUUCAAAUGCCCAUCUUUGAUAUCGCUGACAGACGUGACUGAUAGCAUUAAUGUAGUAUCUGACUAUCAACUGAGGCUGUCGUGCGUUUUCCUUGCUUCUUUCAGCAUGGGAUUCUCGCGUCCUAUGAAGAAGAACUGGUCUGCGUGGCAGAAUUAGUGGAAUAAUAGGGAUUUGGGACCCGAGUUGUUGCAUCUUGCUCCCUACCCCUCCGCGGGGUGUGGGAUUGUCGAGUGCAGUGGAUGUUUUAGUGCUCUGAACGAAGGAAUAAUGUUGUCUCUCUGCCCGUAGAGAAAGCCAUCAGUCCCCGAUCCAGCAGUAAUUGCCUCUUGCUUCUCUAGCCCUCGGGGACAGGAGAGACCCAAAGUCCAGCCCCGCUCUUUAGCGUUAGGAUGCAAAACGGCAAGUUCCGUCUCCUGUUUCUGAGGGUUAAUGACUGGAAAGAUGCGCUCCUCCGAGAUGGUUUUAAUCCGAAGGAUAUGGCGUGGUUUUUUUUGCUUGUGCUUGGGGUGGCACGUAAUCCGUUUUAUCCCGUUUUGUGUGUUUCAGUCACUUUUUCAGUGUUGUUUCUUUGCCCGAAGUGUUACUAUGAAUGUAAUGACUUGGCCAAAUCACUACAAAAGGUGGUUUUGUAAUACUCUUUAGCAAGCAGAUGCAGUUAAAGGCUACCUCCUGUAUUCCUCCGCAGAUGAAUUCAUUUUCAAAGCAAACCUACUACUAAGCAGCCAAAAUCCUCCCAAACGAACCGUCCUUUUAUUGGUUUGUCUCUUGCUGGAGAAGUCGCGGUGCCAUACUGUGAUCUCGGAGGGCUGCUCCUCGCUCCUCCCGUCUUCCCGAGGCAUAGAUGUGCCGAUGCGAGGUAUUAAGGUAUCGGAAAUGGCGAGGAAAAUGGCACGUCGGCUUUUGUGCAGGGUCCCUCGAUAGCGACUCCCUCUGUAGCACGUCCCUUCCCUCGCCGAGUUUGUAUGCUGUUGUUUCCAUUGAAAAAAUGUUUUCCUAUUUCUAGCUCUUGCCCGGAAAAUGUCAUGCUUUCACUGGAAAUGACAUGAAGGUGCUUGAAAUACAUUUUGAGUCUGAGGCAAAAAUUAGCUGUUGGAAUAUUUUUUUUAACGUAUUUUUUAGAUAAGUUGAUAUGAGACUGUAGCAGUGAAAAUACCAUAUUCCCUGCUCGGAUCAUAAUGAACUUUAAAAUGGAAAAAAAAAAAACAAAAAAAAAAAAAACA